CUACAACAGGCAACACUGGAUUUAAGAAAAUGGCGGAGCAUCGUUUUCCUUUUAGUGGUGAUGCUAUUUGAAAGAAAUAAAAUUUUUAAGGUUUAUUUAGUAUUGUGUUAGUUGAUGUAAAUAUAGAAAAUGGACUCUAGAAUAAACAAUGGCAUUUGCCGGUGUUGUGCUUCAGAAGGAACUUUUAAAGAUUUGGCAACCACCUAUCAUUGGAUGGGCGAGGAAGAAAUUUAUGCCGAAAUGUUGAAAGAAUGUUUUGAUAUUCAACUCAGUGCUGCGGAAGACAGCGAACAAGGCGGUAUUUGUGAAGUAUGCAUCACCCAACUCCGUAAUGCAUCAAAUUUUAAGAAGCAGGUGCUUCAUACAGAAAAACAGUUUAAGAAAAGAUUGCAGGACAAGCUUUUCAAAAGUAGCAUUGUGAAGGUGGAAGUCCCAGGGCCUGAUGACGACGCCCUGGAAUCGGACAAUGAUAACAAUGAUGAUUUCUCGGGCACUGAAUACGACGUCCCGAUCAAAGAGGAGGAGCCGGCUGACGAGCCGAAGCCCAGAAAGCGGGCGGCCAGGGCGACCACCUCCCGCGCCAAGAAGUCUAAGACCGAGCGCGGUGAAACAUCCACGAAACGUGGUCGACGUGUUAAAAAAGAAAGAGACAGAUUUCAAAACGAAGUCAAAGAAGGAGAAAUAAGAUCACCUUUCAAAGAAACUCUAAGCGAAAAAAAGGCUAAAAGAGAGGAGUUAAAGAAGCAUCAUAUGAACUUGAAAAUGAUACUGCAAUUUUCGAACGCAACACCCAUACGGUGCUAUGGAGGACUAGGGUACUCCUGUUUCUUCUGCGAUCAGCAGUUUCCAAAACCAGCUGAUUUGAAAAAACACACAGAUGGCACGCACUCUACUGUACAUAAUCUCCAGUUCAAGAAAAGGGGUUUGGGUGAUUACUUUGUUAAGUUAGAUAUAACAGCGCUUCGAUGCAAAUUAUGCCAGCAAAAUGUUGAAGAUAUAAAAACACUUAUGGAUCAUUUGAAUUCAGUACAUGAUAAGAAAAUAUAUAUGAAUCUGAAAGAUUAUAUCCUUGCCUUUAAAUUCGAUACUGAGGAGCUAAAAUGUCAUGUUUGUUCCAACAUGUUCACGAAAUUCAAAAAAUUACAAGAACACAUGAACGCGCAUUACAGAAAUUUCGUGUGCGAUAUUUGUGACGCCGGCUUUGUUAAUGAGAGACACCUGCUGACGCACAAGGAGUGUCACAUCUUAGGGACGUUCAACUGCAGUUUUUGUGACAAAGUUUACGACACGGACAGGAAGAAAAAGUUGCACGAAAAGGCGGUGCACAGCGUCAUAUCAAAAAAUAUGAAUCGCUGCGGCUGUUGUAAUCAAACUUUCAAGUCUUACCUCUCGAAGCAGAAGCAUUUGGUCGAAGCACAUGGAGUGCCAGAGCUGAAGAUUAAAUGCCAGGCUUGUGAAAAAGUGUUCACGAGUAGAAGGAUGUUCACUGUACAUAUGAAACGUGAUCAUUUGCUAGAGAGACCUCAUAAGUGUUCACAGUGCGACAAGAGUUUCUCUAGUUCUUUCACAUUGUCAAACCACAUGCUGACGCAUACGGGGCUGAAGUUGUUCAAAUGUGAAGUCUGCAAGAAGUCUUACGGAAGGAAGAAGACAUUGAGGGAGCACAUGAGAAUCCAUAACGAUGAUCGGAGAUUUAAAUGUGAACAUUGUGGGCAAGCGUUUAUACAGAAGUGCAGUUUGAAAGGACAUUUGAGUUCAAAGCACGGGUUAACGCUAUGAAGGGGAGAUGAAUAUAUAACAUGCAUUUCGGAUAUAUAGAGGACAAAACUUAGUUUAAACUCGCCAAAAUUGACCACUAGGUACACUCCAAAGUAGUGAUGUACAAAGGCAAAGGCAAAGCGUAUUUUUACAAAGAGCUCGGUGUCGUUCUAUUCAAGUUUAGAGAGUUCCAGAGUUCAAAUCUAUUCAAAGAAGACUUUGGAGUCCUUUGUCCUCGCUUAGGUCGCCUCGGUUGCCAUUCGGUUUUCUUGUAUUGCUUGGUAUCACUUCCAAAAACUGACUGAUGCGUGCGAGUGGAUUGUGCAGCUAGCUGGAAAAUUCCAGAACUGAUGUGCACGUGUGAAAUAAAUUGCUCUUCUGCUCCGAAACACUAAGCCUCGAAUCGUACAGGCAACAGCAUAUCACAUUUACCAAAAUUCGUCUUUAUUACCGCGUCAUAGAGUUCUAUGCAGGGUAACUUCAUGUGGGGUGGUGACAGCUUCGUGUCGUAGGUUCGUAGUUGUAGUGGUUCCCAAAACAAAAUAAGAUAAACCACUUAGCAUUUUACUUAAUAAAACUAAACUAAAUACAAACCAAGACUGCGUAUAAAUAAGGAAUCUCUACGAAUAUUAAACAAUGAAUUGGUUAAUCUUCAUACCGAAAAUGUUAAAAUUUUAUCUGUGAAUGAGUACCUAAUAACGUUGAAUUGUGUUGUUGAUGAGAAUAAUUAUGCAAGAUGUGUAAAUGUUAUUUUGAAACCUUUAUACAAAUGUUGUUUUAAUUUUACGUUGUAAAUGCUAGAUUUUGCGCGAGGCUUAUCAUCUGUGAAAAUUAAAAAAAAGUAACCUGUUACUGAAAGUUUUGUUUGUCUCUGUCUAUUCUGUAACGAUUCAUGGGUUUAGUAU